UUUGGCAAUACACUACAACAGAUGUUGACAACAUGUAAGUACAGUGAGGUGUCAGGACAAAGGAACAUUGAGGUAGAUGCUGUACAUGUUUGUAGUUACGUGAUGAAGAUGUUUGCCAUGCAGCCACAUGUUAUACACGAGAUGAGUGAACACUACCAGACCAAACAAAAACUUACAGAGGAUGAAAUAUCCAGACUUAUACAAUGUCAAAAUCUUCUGGUUUCAUAUGACUUCUGCCAUGAACUAUACAGAAGUGCCUUUGAUUUAGAAAGUCAUUUACAGCCAGAGAAGUUCCAUAAGGAUGUACAGAAGGAGAUGUAUAAUUUAUUUAUGCCGUUAGAAAUUCACAAUGAGGAUUGGAUCUGGUGCUCAGACCCAGUACUCUGGAUCGGUCGAUCACAUGCAGCUGCCUAUUACCAGAACAUCUGGUCAGAGAUGUUGGCUGCAAACAUAUUUGAAGAGUUUGAGAAAGGAGGUAUAGAUAAUGAAAAACAUAUCUCCAAAGUUGGGAAAAGGUUUCGUGAUACAUACCUAUCAUUAGGUGGAGGUUUGGAAGCUAAACUUGUUUUCCGAUAUUUCAUGGGACACGAUCCAUCUUUUGAGUGUUUAAUUAAUAGGUAUAUAAAGGAAAGUGACUUAAAAUAGAUGGAAACUUUCGACAGGAGAAUUUGACACAAUUCUUGUAUGAGGAAAGAGAUUGUAUGUGAUAAUACUGGACUAAAAUGACAUAUCUCUACAACUAACACAAUGUUAAAGUAUUUGUGUAUGGCAGUACUAUUGUUAAUACAAUGUAGAUGAAGAUAUACAGAAUUGUUUAUAAUAUAUCUGGUUGCUUCAGAGUUGCCCACCUAUACUUUCAAGUUGUAGAUUACCUCUGUUACAAAGUUCAAAUUCAUUCUGCUUUAUUAAAACUUUGUGUUGUAUUGUUGCUAUGGAGAUUUUCAUAUCUGCUCAAAUUCUUAUGUUACAUGUAUGUUUAAGGUGUCCAUGGCCGAGUGGUUUAGGUUGUUGACUUUAAACUUCUGGCCCUUCACCACUGUGAGUUGGGAUUCUGCCAAGGUUUCCCGAUUCUUUCAUGCGAGAAAGAUAUUGAGCCAGCAAAGUGAAUGUCUGUGGUUCUACUCAUGCACAGAGGAGUGCUUUAGGUCUUAUGCAUCAGUUAAGCUGGAUAGUUACAUUAAUGAAUUGAUAGAAAUUUGUCAACUUAUGAUAGUAGUGUAAUAUAAAUAUUCAAUAUCUGUCUUCAUAUAGUUUACAUGUUUGUUACUAUAUUACCACCUUAUACUUCCAUCAGUUUGUAUCGCUGUAGAGAGGUUCUGUAUUAAUGUUUUAUGUUAGUGAUAUCUUUAUAACUUACAAAAGAUGUAAAAAGUAUUGAAUACUAAAAUGUCUUAUGAUUGAUAUACAAAAAAAAUGUAAUAUUUAUGUCCUUCAGCAUGGAAUACAAAUGUUUCAACUAACCCAGGUUAGUUCAGUAGAACAUUUUAUUAUAUAUCUAUAUUAUUUUUGAUAAAAAUACAUUUUUAACCUAAAGAAAAUAAAUUCACUUGUUAAUGGGGCAAAUAUUGCAGCUACCAGGGUCAGACAGUAAUUAUGAUAAUGACCUUAUGGUUAAUUAAUAUUCAUGAAGGAGAUAUACAUGCUGGUACAAGAAUGAAAGAAUAUUUCUAUGAGUAUUUGUUGGUGUAUGUAACUGAAAUAUUGAUAAUCAUGGUUCAAGACUCGUAGAAACAAAUAUCCUGAAUUUGUUCUGUAGAUUUCUGUUCAUUUAAUAAUGUUUGUUACUGGAGUGAAUAUUUUAAGUUGUUACCUCCAUUCAUUGUACACUCUAACUCC